UGUGUCGCCCCUUCCAGGUUGCAAGAGGAGAUGCUUCAGAGGGAGGAAGCUGAGAACACCCUGCAGUCCUUCAGACAGGAUGUUGACAAUGCCUCUCUCGCACGUCUUGACCUUGAACGCAAAGUUGAGUCCCUGCAAGAGGAGAUUGUCUUCUUGAAGAAGCUUCAUGAUGAGGAAAUCCGAGAACUGCAGGCCCAACUCCAGGAACAGCACAUCCAGAUCGAUAUGGAUGUUUCUAAGCCUGAUCUUACUGCUGCCCUGCGUGACGUUCGCCAACAGUAUGAGAGCGUUGCUGCUAAGAAUCUUCAGGAAGCUGAAGAGUGGUACAAGUCCAAAUUUGCAGAUCUCUCCGAAGCUGCUAAUAGGAACAAUGAUGCCCUGCGCCAGGCCAAACAAGAAGCUAAUGAAUAUCGCAGACAGAUUCAGUCUCUCACCUGCGAAGUUGAUGCCCUUAAGGGAAGCAAUGAAUCCCUGGAGCGCCAAAUGCAUGAAAUGGAGGAGAAUUUUGCUGUUGAAGCUGCUAACUACCAAGACACUAUUGGCCGUCUGCAGGAUGAGAUUCAGAACAUGAAGGAAGAAAUGGCUCGCCAUCUCCGCGAGUACCAGGACCUGCUGAAUGUAAAGAUGGCUCUUGAUAUUGAGAUUGCCACCUACAGAAAACUGCUGGAGGGUGAAGAGAGCAGGAUUAACAUGCCUAUUCCAACCUUUGCUUCUCUGAACCUGAGAGAAACUAACAUUGAGUCUCAGCCAAUGGUUGACACUCACUCAAAGAGGACACUUCUAAUUAAGACUGUCGAAACUAGAGAUGGACAGGUUAUUAAUGAGACUUCCCAGCAUCAUGAUGACUUGGAGUAAAGCUGAGGUGAAGAUGCAUACUUAUUAAUGCAGGAGAAACUCUUACCAGCAAGAUUUAAAAAGUCCAUGUCUUAAAGGAAGAAACAGCUUUCAAGUGCCUUUCUGCAGUUUUUCCAUGAGCGCAAGAUUAUUAUGCUAGGAAAUAGGUCUUAGAUCUUGCAAACUGACUCUCCCUGAAGGAUUAGAGUUUACAAUGGAGUCUAGUUUACAAAUAGCAAUAUCUUGUGCUGCAAUACUGUUUUUAAGUAUCUGAAUUCAAUAAAACUGCUUUUUCCAGCACAGUAUGAGCAACCUGUCGCUACUUCAAUAAAUCUUUGGAAAAUGGCUCUUGAUGUGUUCUAAUUUGUUAACUUCAUGACUUUCUGGAAAGCCGUAACACCAUAAUGCUGGAAUUAUUAUACGGUUGACAUCUAGUACUGGUUGUGUGGAUUGCUGUUUUUUCAGUUUAACUAGAUAAACUGUCUUACUCAUUUACUGCUUAGGUUUUGGAACCAACUAAAAUGGACUAUAACUGGCAGAUGCAUAAUGUAUUAUGAUAUUUCUUAUCACUUGAAUAAAAUGAUACUUCAAGCUAA